AUGCCAUAUGACAAAAUUCACCAAUCACAAGAUGAUACUAGUAAACGACUUAUUGAAAUAUAUGGUCCUUUUGACGAUUUUGUUAAGUUGACAUAUGAGCAAAGAGACGAAAUAUAUCAUUUACAUGGAUUAAUAGACUAUCCCAAAAGAAAUGUUGGUCAUUCUGGGGUUUCUAAAACUUCUAAUAGUAAAUCACAAUCAUAUACAGAAUGUAAUAAUAUGUUAAAUAAAAAUGUACGGUCAUCAACUCAUUCCAAAUCUCCGGUUAAUGCAGAGAAUGUUUCUCCAUGUAUCAAUUUAAUUACUUCUUCUAUUACUACUAGUACUAAAAAUCCAAAUAAUUCAGCUAAGAAAGUGUUGUCAAAUUCUUCUGCCAUCGACAAAGAUCUCUCUAAAAAAGGUUGGAACGAGAAAAGUAAUACUACUUCAACAAAAAGUAAUAAUAUUGCAACAACUUCAUCAUCAUUGACAAAACAACAACAAGAAGAUAAUGGUAAUGGAAAUUCUAAAAAACGUCGUCGGCAACCAUCACCAUAUUCCAUAUCAUCAUCUAAUCAGGAGAAAAAUCAUAAAGGUAGAACAACAAAUGAAUUAUCAUCAGAUGAUGAGUUAGUUAAAGUUAAAAAACGUGAUACAAAAGAAUCGAAAUUUUCUAAUAACAAUGGAAAUACAGAUGACAUAUCAGUUAAUAAAUCCCAUCAUAAUACAGAUGAUUUACAAAGCCCAGAUUCUGGUUUUGUCUCUGUUAAUUCAGAUAAACAUACGUCAGAUGGUAAAGAUUCUAGUGACGAUAUUGAAACCUGUGAAAGAAAUACCAGUAUAAAAGAAGCCAAAGUGCUAGAGCUUGCUGCAAAAGUUAAAAUUAUUUUUGAAAGUGUUGGUGAAGUACUACCGUUAUUACCACCAUUAAAAAUUGUUAGAAAAUCACGGCCUUCAUCAUCAUCAUCAUCAAGAUCAGUAAUCAACACAACUACAACAAACAUAAAAAAUAAUGUAGUUAAAUCAAUUCCUGUUUACAAAGAACCUGUUGUUAUAAGAGAGGAUGUUGAUUUUAAAUGUAAAUUAAAUAUUUCGGGAUUGUCCGCUGACAGGAAAAGGCAUUUAAAAAGUUUUCUAACUUCAGAAUAUUCUAAGAAGGAAACAAAAAAUUCUAAUGAUAACAAAAAAGCUAAGAAAAGUAGUAGUAGUAGUAGAGAACAUGAUAAUAUUGUUGUGGAGAAAAAGGAAAAUAGUAAAAAUAUUUCAAUAUCAAGUAGUAGCCAAAUUAGCAAUGACCUUUCUAGAAGUAAAAAUAUUAAUAACAAAAGAGACUACAGUAGUAGUAGUUUAUCUAAAUCUACAAAACAGGUUGAAGAAAUACCAGUGCCAAUAAAGAAGGAGAAAAAAAGUAGUAGUAAUGUUCCAACUGCUUGUAGUAGUAGAAGUUCAUCUAUUUGUCGUGGACCAUCAAUAUUGUCGUCAUCAUCAUCAUCAUCAUUAUUACCCAGUUCACCAACUUAUCUUAUGAAUAAGUAUAAACCAAAAGUUGCCUGUGAAUUAAAACAAAAUGAUUUUCCUAGGACAGUACGUGACUAUGACUUCUAUGGUCAAUUAGCAAAAGAAUACAAACAUAAAGCUGAUAAAACUGAUCGUGAUAAGCAUGGAAUGAAGAAAUUUUUCAGAUAUCUUGAAUGUAUUGUUUACUUCAUAGCUGCUACUGCUCAUCAAGUUAUAGCUUCUGAAGGAAAAGAUAGUUCUUUAAAACUUCGUCCAGCUGAAUACAUGAAUGAUUCAUUUAAAUUUUUAAAAGAAGUCUCUAAAGGUGUUUUAAAUAGUGAGUCUAAAUAUAAGUCAUGUUCUAUAUAUAGUCGAUUGGUAAUAUUGGUUUCACAUGUCAAAGCAACAAUGUUAUUUAAAUGUUAUGAUUUGAAAAAGAAAACUGUUAUAGCUAAUCAACAUCGACUUUCAAAUUUACAAAGUGAAUGGUUAGCCAGAAAUGGAAAAAGUGGAGGACAAAAUAAUUAUUUAUUUGAAAGUGAUGGUAAACUUAGUUCUUUGUCAAAUCAUAGUACUACCGAUAAAUUGGGAAGUACAAGUCGUCAAAAUACUUGUAAAGAUUUUGAUUCAAUCUCAUCAAGUACUGAUAACUUUAAUAAAACAUUUACGCAAAAUUUGAAUAACCAAAAUACGGCUUUAUCAUAUCUUCUUUUUGCUCAUGGAAUUAUAGAUCGUAUAAAUGAAGAGAUUACUGAUAUAGAUAAAGCUAUGAUUGACCACUUAGAUUCCAUUUGUGGUAGAAUGGACCUACAUAUGAAAACACUCGAUUUGGCCAGGUAUCUUUUAACGGGUAUAACUUGGUUACGCAAGGAAUAUGAAGCAGAAAUGAAUCAUUGA